GCGGUUGCACCUUCGUGGACGGUAGAGGCGGCAGCGAGCUAGAGCCCGCGUCGCAAUUCGCGGCCACGUAGAGACCGGGCGAGCCCGGGCACCGGCACCCGGCCCAGGCUCGGCGAGCAGCUCUGCGCGCGGCUGGGGUCAUGGUAUACUGAAAAAGCACUCAAUCAAGAGAAAUCUGGGGGGAGCUGGAAACUAUCAAGUUAUUGAGACCACACAGGGGGCAGAAAAGAUAGAGAUGUUGUUAUGAGGACAGAUUCAUCAAAAAUGACGGAUGUGGAGCCUGUGGUCAACAAUUUUGCAUCAUCAGCAAGGACAGGCCGCCGGAAUGCUCUACCAGACAUCCAGGGUUCAGCUGCCACGGGUGGAACCUCGGAGUUGCCCCUCAAACCGGAGGUCCUCUCCGUGAAGGAAGAUGUGAAAAAGAAAGAUAAAGAAACAGCACAAGACCAAUUGGAAAAGCCCAAAGAUGAAGGAAAAUGAAGGCUCAUUACCUAUCAAAAGUGCUGAAUUUCUGCACAUUGAAAGACUUAGUGGCUCUGCUUUCCUGAGAUGUUUGAUCUGGUAGUAACUGUGGUAACAUUGCUGCCCUAAGCAACAUGUGUGUACUAGCUAAUUUUGUUGUGACGCUACUAACUUGGAUUGCAACCGUGAUGUCCAGUGUAGGUUAGUAUUAGGCAGAUUACUUCUGAAUUGCACCCGAGAGAGGCUAAGAAUGCAUGGUCACUUAA